UGAGAGCAAUGCAAUGGCUAGAAAGGAUGACAGUGAAGUCGAGUCCAUUACACCAGAUUCAGAGCCACUACGUCAUCUCUUGGACCUUCUAAAUCCUAGUCUUAGUGAUAAUAACCUGCGAUGCAUCGAGUAUGUCUGUGAGUUUGCCCUGGGUGUCAGUAAGGACCAGAUAAGAUCUCAAGCAAAGGAUGCCGAGACGAGGAAGGUCAUACUUAACGCUCUCUUUUCUAUGCUACCUCAAGAUGUUGCUCCGUUACUGUUGAAUCUUAUCCUCACUAGAUUGAAUUAUAAGCCGAAGAAUAAAGAUAUCAGAAAACAACGAAGUAAACUCCCUGCCGUGACUCCUGAUAAAGAGAAAGAAAUUUAUGAACAGUAUCCAAAGCUGGACAUGUGGCUCACACUCACCAUUGCAAUGACAUCAAUGAGUGAAGACAAUUAUAGAGAAUUGCAAGAUCAUGUCAGACUUGAGGUUUUGCAUGACAGUCACAGCAUCGACAAUAUAGAGUCACGUUGUCAUCUUCUGGAGCUCGUAAACAACCAGCCACGACCAGAUGAAGUCAACCCUGAGCCUGUUUUUGAUCCAAGCAACUUGAGUAAUGUCUUAAAGUGGUUUGAGGAUUGUGAUCUGGAAUAUCCGGAAGAAAUAGUUCAGUAUCAACAGCGUUAUGAGAUUCCAGUACCUACACGUGUCAAACCAGGAGCUAUAUCCACUGGAACAGGAUCCACUGGAACAGGAUCCCUUGAGAAAUGUUGCUUAUGCACAUUUUUUCCAUCAUUGUGUCUCAGCAUUGCUGCCAUAGCUGCUUUAAUCUCCAUCUUACUAGUAGUGACUCUUCACUACCUUUCUCGCACCGUGUACCAAAGUACUGGCAACUACACCAGUAGCAAUUAUUCCGUUGGAGUUAUGAGAACUGUCAAAAUUGGUGACAAUUACAGCUCUGAUGUUAUCCAAAAUUUGCAGAUUGAAGCACUCAAUGAUCCUAACGAUGGUAAUUUUUAUGCUAACGGCACAGAAAUAUACAAAGUACAGGAAAACGAUUUCACGGUGUCUUCCAAACAAUUGGAUGUUAUGAGUGCACAUCCAUUUUCCGAUGAGCGCCCUUUAUUUCUAGGAUAUAAUCCGUUCUAUAAUGCUGAUGGACCAGCUAACGUGAACUUUUCUUUUAUGCUAAUAAACAACAACGGAACUGAUUGUGCAGUAAGAAUGGCUACUUUUGGCUCUCAUGAUGAUUUCAUAAACUAUUUUGAUGCUACACCAUAUAAACUCCCGCAUGAUAUACCUCAGAAUGCGUAUAACUUUACUCCGUGUCUUAAUGAAUCUGGUACGUACCAUUUCUCCUUAAACAUGACAAGAGAUGCAUUCUCAUUCUUUGUCAUUUCUCACAUAAUGAAUGUACAUUUAAGAGUCAAUAUUUCAGGAUAUAUUUCAGAGUACAAAAUUCAAGGCAAUCUUUCUAGCUCUUGUAUUCUGGACCCUUCAUGCCCUGGUAGUGAAGACGAAUGCACCAGGGACGAUGGUGGUGAUGAAGUAUGGUACGUAUUUGGCACUUCUGCAAGUAGGUUUCGUGGGAAAGUGAAAUUAUCAAUACCUUUCCGUUGCUAUGAAGAAUAUGAGUAUCACUUUAUUUACUUAGCACCAAUUGGACCUCCACUUGUUAUUGCUGUAUACUUGAUCAUUCUGUGCAUCGUGGCCUUCAUUGUUUGGUCAUAUAAAUGUGUGAGUAGGAAAUUAAGAAAAAAUAAUAGUUAUAAUGCACGCCGUGUUGAAGUUGAUGGAACUGUUUGAGACUAAUAAGUGUGAGUCAUUUAUUGGGUUUUUUAGAAAUUGUUAAUAUCACUAUAAAUUAUUAUUAGUAAAGUAUAAUUACUUAUUGUUAAUCGUUCUUAUCAUUCUUUUAUUUUUGUGCAAUGAACAGUUUAUUCAUUUCUUGCUUUUGUCCUUGUCUUUUGAAGACUUGACCAAA